GAUAAUAAGUCCAUGGUGCAGGCUGCGCAUGCAGUUACUCCUGGACCCUCACAACACCUCACCCUACUUCACCCUCAAACCAUCGAGGACUUCCUAACUGCAUCAUUCUUCCAUCGCAAUGAAAUUGCAGGGACUCCCGACUAUCUUAAUAUCAAGCGCAAUGAAUGCGCAGAUCAACUUGCGAAAGAAGCUAGCAAACACAAUGGCUCACUUGUUACAACAUGCCAACACGGAGACGCAAUGAGGAAAACUUGCUGA